AUGCAUGGAGCCGGCACAGCGGACAUGGAAUCUCAGCUCGGUCAGGUGAAUGUUGACAGCCAAGCCAGCCCGGGGUCAAUCUUUGCUGCAUUGACGAAGUUUUCAGAAGCAGAGACGCUGCAGUCCAUGGACUCGGCCUCUCCCGGGUCGGACACCGAUCCAAAGGAGAUCAACAACGAUGAGUCCUGCCCCCUGGAGUUCAAGCACCAAGGCCCACGGCUCCUGGUUCCCCCUUGGCAAGCACACCAAGCGCAUUGGCAGCACUGGCAACUUCAGCAAUGGCUUUAUCGACAGAGGAUAGUGUAUCCUCCUCCACCCCUGCAUUUUCAGCCGCACCACGUCAGCUUGCAGCCUCCGUCCUCCAACGAGGCGCAAGAGCGAGAGGGCUUGGCUGGCUCGAAGUUUCGAAGCAUUCAGAAGUUGGAGAAUGCCAUGAAGCAUCGCAGUCGUUCCACUUCCAUGGAGAAGCAUCCUGUGCUUCCGCACAGCGGCCAUUCCCCGUCCCACUCACAUGGAUGGUCUGUGGCUGGCAACGGCGAUGUCGGCCACGUACCGCCAUCGCCGCCACCCUCGCAAGUGCAGGCAGCACCGGUGCUGUCCUCUCAAGCGCAGGCGCAGUCACAGUUUCAAGGCCGAACGACGAUUGAAACGGGCACAGUGAGGCGACUCUUUCCCGGAAGAGGCUUCGGUUUUAUUGCACGCGACGACGAGGACGGCAGGCCCGGACAAGGCGAGGUCUUCCUGCACUUCUCGGACCUCGAGCCUGGCAUCGGCUCUUCCAAGCUCGCUGUGGGCAUGCGGGUGAAGUUCUACUUGGAGGAGUCGGCUGACGCGCGUCACGUGCCUGGCGGCCGUGCGCGGCGUGUCUCCCUCACGGAGCUUUCGGAGCUCGCACCGGGCGUGUCGAUGUCUCUUCCCUAU